AAUCAUAUGAUUUUUUAAAAAUUCCUCCAGAUUGGGAAUUAGCUAAAAUACAUGCCAAAUCAAGAGAAACAAAACCAGAAAAUGGAGGUCAAAAUGUAUAAGAAAUAUGCUAAUGCUGUGGAUAUGAAUUAAAUAGAACAAAAAUAAGUUUAAUGAUAAAUUAAAAAGAACUUGGUUUUUUAGGAGCUGGAUUCCCUUUAUUUUAUAACUACUUAAAAUACUGUAUAAUAAUGCUUUUAUCUUUACUUUUAGUUUAAGGAAUUCCAAAUAUGAUAAUAAAUGGAAGAGGUAAUUUUUGUCAUGAUACAUUAUAAGAAGCAUAUGAAAAAAUAGAAGAAGCACAUAAAAAACAUUUAUCUAAUUUUAUAACUCCGUGUGCUUCAAAUUUUAUUGUAUAAUUUUCUAUAGCUAAUUUAAUUGGGAAGCCUUAAGAUUAAAACUUAGGUGUUUAUUUUUCCAUUGGUGCUAUGCUUAUUUAAAUUAUAUUAAGUAUUAUAUUUAGGAAAGAAUAGAAUAAGCUAGAGGCUUAAGUUGAUGAAAAUAAUAUUACUCCUGCUGAUUUUUCGAUUAUGGUAAGUAAUAUUCCCAAAAAUAUACCAAAAGUAAAGGAGGUUUUGAAAAAUUUAUUCAGUCUUAAGGCUGUUAUAGGCAUCGCUAUUAUUAGUUUCGAAACUGAAUAAGAAAAAGAUGAAGUAUUAGAAAAAAAUAAAAUUAAUUAUAAAUAAAGACUAUUAAAUUUCUUUAAAGGAGGUUUAUCUAAACAAUAUAGUGAUUCAAUAUAUUAUAUAGACCGUCAUUUAUAUAUAUAAUAAGCUCCAGAACCGAAUGAUAUUGAUUGGGAAUUUAUAAAUGUUGAAACUUCCGAAAAAGUUAAAUGUAGAUUUCUAUCACUUAUCAAAUAAAUAAUUUUAAUGCUUUCUAGUUUUUCUGUUAUUUCUUUAAUUGCAUAUGCGUAGGCAUAUUUAAUUGAUCAUGCUUAUUAAGAGAGUUUAGGUAAUCAUGAAGAUUUAGAAAAUAAUUAAAAAAUUAAGGUUAUAUAGUUUUUGAAUUAUAUGAUAUCCUUUAUUAUUGUCUUUUACAAUAAAUUUUUUUUACCAUAUAUUGUUCAUCAUAUAGUUGACUGUGAAAAAUGGUCUACUAAGACUAAACUUAAUAUUAGCUAUGCAAGAAAGCUUUCUCUAGCACUUUUUAAUAAUACAGCUUUAAUUACUUUUAUUGUUGAAAUUAUUUUUUUUAAUAAUUAUUAUGGAAUUGGGGGCGGUAUGAUAUAUAGUGAGUAUUAUGUAUUCAUUUUAAAUGCCUUUAUACCCGCAUUAGCAUGGAUUAUUGAUCCCUGGAGUAUUUUAAAAAACUAUAAAAGAAAAAAAGAAGUUAGAAAGGGAAAUUAAUCUAGUCUUACAUAACUUGAAGCUAAUCUUUUAAUGGAAUUCCCAGAUUAUACUAUGGGAAAAAGAUAUGCCGAUGUAAUGAAAACUAUGUGGUUUACAUUCUUUUUUAGCCCGGUUAUUCCUUAGGGAACUGUGUGGUCGAUUGUGGGUGUUUUCUUGUAUUAUUUUACGGAUAAAUAUAAUCUUAUUUUUAGAAGGACGGUAAAGGAAAGUAUUGGGAAAUAAUUGACUAUGGAAAUGAUUAAUUUAUUGGAAUAUUGUAUUGUUUUCCAUACUGUAUUAUUAAUAUAUAUACUUUUUAAUGAACUAAAUGUUCUGAAUAUAGUUUUUUUUGUAGUUUCGGCUGUUAUAGUUUUAUUACCUAUGUAAAAAAUAAAUGAUUUUAUUUUUCCUGUUAAAGCGGAAAAUGAAACGCUUAAAUAUAGUGAUAAUAUUUUGUAUUUUGAUACUGAUUAUGAUAGGGAAAAUCCGGUUUUGAGACAAUAGGCUUUAGAGCAAUUUUAUUUGAGAAGAGGUUUCUUUUAUAUAUAUAAUUAUUUUAUUUUCAUUUGUAACUUUUUUUUUUUUUUUAAGAAUAAGCGAAAUUAAAAAUGUGUUAAGAUGGUUAAUGAAUAUUAAAUUAAUAUUGAGAUUAUUAUAGCUUAUUAUUUAUAUUAAUAUUAUUAUGUUUUAAUUUAUUACUUUUAUAUAAAUUUGUUUAUAUUAUGA